ACUUAACGCAAAACUACCCGGAUGAGUGAAUGCUGAAGGCCUUACCAAUCGCGCUGCUCUUGUGCUCUGCUUGUGGCUAAAGUCAGCUGGUUGAGCUAACGGUAGACCGCUUCUUCUCUAAAGUCAUCAAAGCAACCGACAAAAAAAUGUUUGGUUCAUCGAGAUCCGGAGGGGUCAGAGGAGGCCAGGACCAGUUCAACUGGGAUGACGUGAAAGUCGAUAAACACAGAGAAAAUUAUCUCGGGAACUCUUUAAUGGCACCAGUAGGACGAUGGCAAAAAGGCAAAGAUCUGUCAUGGUAUGCAAGAGACAAAAAGGAUGGCGCACCUUUGUCCAAAGAGGAUGAACUUGCUGCUGUUAAGGCUGCAGAGCAUGAGGCACUGAUGGCUGCCCUAGGACACAAGAAUAUGAAGAGGCAACCGACUGGCCUGACCAAAGAGGACCUUGCAGAUGUUUGCAGGAGGGAAGAUGAUGGCGAAGAGAGAAAUGUGGACCGUGUUUCAGGCUUGGGAAGCUCCAGUGCAGGGUCAAGAAAAAUGGUGCUAUCCCAAAAGGAAAAGGAGGCAGCUAAAAUAGGCUUGCCUGUUUUUACACACCAAAGAACAGAAGGUUGUCCAGAAACCUCAAAAACAAAGACAUCUCAGAGUGUAGAAAAAGGGGAUAUGGAACAACGGCAUGAGAGCAAAAAGAAAAAGAAAGAGAAAAAGAGCAAAAAGAAGAAGGAAAAAAAGAAGAAAAGGGAAAGAAGAGAUUCGUCUUCCUCGGGGUCAGAUGACAACAGAAAGAGGCAGAGAAAGGACCACCAUCAUCAUAAUCCAUCAUACUAUAGUCAGAGUGGAGCCAGACCCCAUGACAGCCAUUCAAGGGGGGGAGCAAAGGCCGAGCAACGGCCCUCCUACCCCCAUCAUCGUCAGCAGCGGCAUGACACAGACUCCUCUGAUGGGGGGUCUCCUGUGCCCCGUAACCCUGUCAGCCACAAGACGGCUCCUGCUGGUGCCACACAAAGCCACAGGCGGCGCCACGACACAGACUCGGACAACUAAUGUCCUCCCCAUCCCCCCAAUUCAAAGACGCAUUACGCGGACAGAAUGCUCUACAGCAGCUCGGCUGGCCCCGAAGACCUCAUUUCCCCCGAACAGCCAAACGGACUGUGGAUGGAGACAGGUCGAUGUUUUCUGACUUACAGGCUUUGGCCUCGUGUUUUAACUUCUUCACCCAAUAAGUUGGUCAGUUAGUUAUGGGACACUAGUGUCUUUUGUGUUAUAUUGGGUUGUGUUUGACAAGUUGUUGUUUUUUUAACACGAUUUAUGUGAUUAAACCAAAUAUCUCAUUUUCUA